AUGAGGUACAGUAUUGAAUUAUCGACAAAUACUUUAGAUAAAUUUCUGGUGCAGUCAUGGCGUAAUUUGAAAGAAAGAAAAAAUGGAAGGAGAUACAUUAGUAGUAGAUGCCUUGUGGGGCAUACUACCUUACUGAAUGCCCAAGAACAAAAUUGUAACAGUAAGAGACAUAGAAGAGUAAGACAAGAAGACCAUGAUUCGCCACAUCCUGAGGAAAAUUAUAAUAUAGCCUCCGCGGAUAGCAUAAACCAUAAGCCUGUUCCUAACCAAAAAGUGGGAAGUCCAAGAAUCUGUGGCCCAAAUGGGAUCUCGCCGUCCCACCUCCGGAAAGCACCCGACUCUGACAGAUGGAGGAACAGGUUAAAGAGUGGGAGGAUGGACACCAAGGCAGGCAACCUCUAUGGGGCAGAUGACUUUGAUAAUUUCCUUAAAGAACCAGAAGAUGAUUACUACCGAGGAGGACAGAAAUUUAGAUGUCCGAGUGAGGAUACGAGGAAUCACACCAGAAUGGAUAAGGGACUUCUGCCAGUACAGGAAGGCCAUGACCUGAAGCCGGAAGCAAUAAAAUCCGGAAGCAGACGAAGAAGUGAAGAUAUUCCUGAAGUCCUGGAGUACUACGAUUCCAGCUAUAGAAGCAGAAGCUUCGAGGGAAGAAUUAAAGAUCUAAUAGACAGAGUGAAUGUAAGAUUCCAACUGGAGUUGAUGCGUCAUAUAAGAGACAAAGAGUAUUCUGUAGAGAGUGAAUUUUUGGAAAUUCGAAGUGGAGGAAGGAAGAUAGCUUAUUACUAUAGGAAAUACAGAGUAUUAUUGCCCCUUAUAAUAAGUACUGUAGCUCUCUUGAUUUCCUUACUGGGUCUAUAUGCAUCAAGUCUUGGUUCUGUAUGGAUAACAACCUCUAUUAUGAUAAGUGGAUUAUUCCUGAGUACUUUGUACUAUUAUAUAAAAACCUAUUGUAAGAUAGGGAAAAUGCGAAGAUGUUUCAAGAAGCAUGGUGUUAUAAUAAAUCCCUGA